UAUUCAUUGAUGCUCGGCUUGAGCAAUCUGAAGUUCGGACUAGAUUUGCAUAAAACAAAUGCAAUACCACCAGGUUCCUCUAUAGGUAACAUAAACGUACAUUUUGCAGUCACAAAAUGAUAUAUGACUAUGAACAUUCAUGACAUAAGCUAACGUUAGAAGAGAAGGGAUUUUACUGUGUCCUCUCUACAAAGCACACAGCGGUUUGACGGACCAUUUUCUCACCCCUAAAGGACAUCAAAUGUGAGUGAAAUCAACUCCUAGCAUCCACAAUGAUUCCUCUGCGUCUCCUUCUACUGAUAUCUGGAACACUGGCUAUGAAUUGCUCAAAUUCAGACAAUACCUUUUAUUUAAACACCACAACUGGGGGGAUUUCAAUGGUAUUAAAGAUUCUACAAGAGAAGAUCACCAUCAUAGAUAAACCUGAGGAUACUUUGAAAUGCUAUUGGGCAUCCAGUGAAAGCUAUAUCGAUUGCACCUCAAUGAAUGUGACCUCAAUGAACCAAACUGGCUGUUGGACUGCUCAGAUUUCUUUGGUCAAUAACUCAAUCAGCAAGUUCAUCUUCAACAUAUCUUCAUCCACGUGUGAAGUCACCAAUUGUACAGAGACAGGGAUCAAUGCCUUGUUGAGAGAGAUACAAGACCAUCCCAGUGAAGGUCCAAAGAAACUUAGAAGGAUCUUGAACAUACGAAAUAUGUGUGCAGACCUGUUUAAAAACAAUCUGACCUUGAGGAUGAUGUUUAUUGGCGUUGAACGGGUCCUCAUACACAGCAUAAUGAACAUCUCAUUCACUGGAGAGUCUGUGUACUACGACCUCAGGGAUCUGGCUCUGACUGUGUUCAACCUGGCCAACCUAACCAGUGCUGAUGACAAGAUGGUGCACAUAAAAGCUCCAGAGCUCCUCUCUGAGAACAACUCUUACAUUUCGGAAAUAUGGAUCCCCAUUGAUGCACUCCAGAAGAUCCCAAAGGGAAAGAGGAAAGUGGGCGUGGUCACCUAUAAAUCACCCAAUCAGUUCUUGUUUAAAGAGGAACUCGUGAGAACCAUGGUCAUGCGGAUAGAGGUGGAGGGCGGCAGACGACUUGAGAACUUGACCACUCCACUGAAGAUGAAGUUCAAUUUGCUUGACCCUAUAAUACCAGUGAAUUAUCAUCAUACGAUUUAGGAUGUUCCUGUACAAAACAACAUUUUUGGUUGUUUUGGCUCUGUACUCCAGGACUAUGAGUACAGAGCCAAUUACUAUGAGGUUAAAGUGCAGACUGUCAGCUUUAAUUUUAGGGUAUUUUCAUCCAUAUCGGGUGAACUGUUUAGAAAUUACAUUCCUUUUUGUACAUAGUCUCUCCAUUUUAGGGGACCAAAGGUAUUGGGACUAAUUCAUUUAUAUGUGUAUUAAAGUAGUCAAAAGUUUAGUAUUUGGUCCCAUAUUCUUAGCACACAAUGAUCACAUCAAGCUUGUGAAUCUACAAACUUGUUGGAUGCAUUUCUUGUUUGUUUUGGUUGUGUUUCAGAUUACUUUGUGCCCAAUAGAAAGGAAUGGUAAAUAAUGUAUUGUC